AAAUUAUUUCCCAGAGCCCGGAUUAGUGAAGCAGCGAGUGCUGCAGCGGUAGUCGUCGCCUCUGCCGCCUUCGCCACCCGAGGAAAGCAGCCCAGACACUCCGGCCGGGAAGAUGGAAGAUGGUACCCCAAAGCAUAUCAUCCAAAUGACAGGAUUUAAGAUGGAAGAAAAAGAAGCUCUAGGCAAAUUGCUUUUAAAACUAGAUUGCACGUUUAUUAAGAGUGAGAAAUACAAAAAUUGUACACAUCUUAUAGCUGAGCGCCUGUGUAAGAGUGAGAAAUUUUUAGCAGCUUGUGCAGCAGGAAAGUGGGUAUUAACUAAGGACUACAUAAUUCAUAGUGCCAAAAGUGGCAGAUGGCUUGAUGAAACAACUUAUGAAUGGGGAUAUAAAAUUGAAAAAGACUCCCAUUAUUCACCUCAAAUGCAAUCUGCGCCCAAAAGAUGGCGUGAAGAACUGAAACGCACUGGUGCCCCAGGAGCCUUCCAUAGAUGGAAAGUUGUCCUCCUCGUCAGAGCUGAUAAACGAAGUGAUUCUCUUGUAAGAGUUUUGGAGGCUGGAAAGGCAAAUGUUAUUUUACCAAAAAGUUCACCAAGUGGAAUAACUCAUGUGAUUGCCAGUAAUGCAAGAAUCAAGGCUGAGAAAGAAAAAGAUAACUUUAAGGCUCCAUUUUAUCCAAUUCAAUAUCUAGGGGACUUUCUUUUAGAGAAAGAAAUUCAGAAUGGUGAAGAUUCCCAAACCAAUUCUGUUUGGACCAAACAUAAUCAAGAAAAAAACAAAGAUUUCGGGAAAGAUACGGGAUUUCUUGAAAUGAAAGGUGCCUCAAGAGAGACCACAUGUAAAACAAAGAAAGAAAUGCAAAAUUGUGGUGAAGAUGUUAAUAUUAGUUCUGUUUUGACUGAACAUCACAAAAAAGAAAAAUUUGAAGGCUCCAGAAAAGAUUUGAAAUUCGUUAAAAUGAGAAAUACCUUAGGAAGACGUAUAUAUGGAAAUCAGAAGGAAAUUAAGAAAAAAGAUGAAGAUGUUCAAAGGAGGUAUACUUUGAGGAAAAAACACAAAAAAGAAAAAGAAAGCAAUUACAAGAAAAACGUCGAACAUGACAAAAUUAAAAGUACCUUAAGAAAGCAUAUAUAUUAUAAAGAUCAGAAAGAAGUGAAGAACUCUGUUUUUGCUGAUUAUACCAAAGAAUCAAAAACCAAGGAUAUCAGGACAGAUGUGGAUAUUAUUGAAAUAAAAGAUGCCUUAAGGAAGCACAUAUAUAGAGCUCAGGCUGUCAGAUAUAACUGCAUUAGAAUAGAUAAACAACCAGUAUACAAUGUAGAGGUUAAAAAUGCUGAAUUUCCCAGAGGUGUAUUAAAUUUAAUUGAAAGCCUCAUAGAAGGACAGUUUUUUAAAGAAGCAAUUGAGGAACUUUCCUCUUUGCAAGCACAAUAUAUCCCUCCUGUAUGCCUUCUUCAUGCUCUUCUAGAGAAUGUUCUACAGGAUAACAUAGAUACGUUUUCUGGUCGAUAUUUUCAUAUAUUGUCAGCUCUUCUUCACCUGCAUCCUCCUUGGAAGUCCCCAGCCAUGUCACAAUAUUACUUAGAGUUGUUUCAGUGUCCAACUUGUACGAAAGGAGCAUGGUCUUUAGUAGAAGUGCUUAUCAGGUCUUGCCUUUUCAAUGAAAAUUUUUGUCAUCAAAUUUCAGAAAAUAUUAUUGGCUCUAAGGUGCUCCACCUGACACUGCUCAAGUUUUUCUUUAAUUUAAUUGAAAGUGAAGUACAGCAUCUGAGUCAAAAGUUGUAUGACUGGUCAGAUUCUAAGAGUCUAAAAAUAACAGGAAAGGCAAUUCUCCUUGAAAUCUUUUGGUCAGGAAGUGAAACCUCUGGGCUUUUGACCAAACCAGUAAAUAUGCUUUUGGAAUGGACUAUAUAUUCUCACAGGGAAAAAUGCAAGUCUAAUGAUGUCUUCAAACAUGAACUGGCUUACUUACUGACUGGAAUUCUUGGAGCGGCAAUAGAUUAUUGGAUUUUCCUUGGACUUAAGAUGGGUAGAAAUGUGAUGCGACACAUGUCUGAUGACUUAGGAAGUUAUAUUUCUCUUUCAUGUGAUGACUUUUCUUCACAGGAAUUAGAGAUUUUCAUUUGCUCCUUUUCCUCCUCCUGGCUUCAAAUGUUUGUUGCAGAGGCAGUCUUUAAAAAGUUGUGUUUACAGAGCUCCAGCGGUGUUUCAUCUGAACCACUUUCCCUUCAGAAGAUGGUAUAUUCCUAUUUGCCAGCUUUGGGGAAAACUGGUGUUCUUGGGGCUGGAAAGAUGCAGAUACCAAAGAAAAUAGGACAGCGGCCUUGUUUUGAAUCUCAGAGAGCUUUACUAAUGCUGAAUGGUGCUAAACAGAAACAAGUCGAAGGGCUGCCAGAGUUAACAGACCUGAACCUUACUAAAUGUUCCUCAUCUUUAAAAAAAUUGAAAAAGAAGUCAGAAGGAGAAUUGUCAUGUUCCAAGGAGAAUUGCCCCUCUUUAGUUACAAAGAUGAAUUUUCACAAGACAAAUCUAAAAGGAGAAACAGCCCUGCAUAGAGCUUGCAUAAAUAACCAAGUGGAGAAAUUGAUUCUUCUUCUCUCUUUGCCAGGAAUAGACAUCAAUGUUAAAGACAAUGCUGGCUGGACGCCUUUGCAUGAAGCCUGUAACUAUGGCAACACAGUGUGUGUCCAGGAAAUUUUGCAACGUUGUCCAGAGGUAGAUCUGCUCACUCAAGUGGACGGGGUGACUCCUUUGCAUGAUGCACUGUCAAACGGACAUGUAGAAAUUGGCAAGCUGCUACUACAGCAUGGGGGCCCAGUGCUUUUACAACAGAGGACCUCUAAAGGGGAAUUGCCCUUGGAUUAUGUGGUGUCACCUCAAAUCAAGGAAGAACUAUUUGCUAUUACAAAAAUAGAAGAUACAGUGGAAAACUUUCAUACACAAGCAGAGAAACAUUUUCAUCACCAGCAACUUGAAUUUCGUUCAUUUUUACUUAGUAGGAUGCUGCUAAAUUUUUGUUCAAUUUUUGAUUUAUCUUCAGAGUUCAUUUUAGCUUUCAAAGGGAUAACUCAUCUAAAUGAACUGCUUAUGGCUUGUAAAAGUUAUAAAGAAACCACUAGUGCUCAUACUGACUGGUUAUUGGAUCUUUAUGCUAGAAAUAUAAAGACAUUGCAGAAGCUCCCAAAUGUUCUUAAGGAACUGCCUGAGAAUUUGAAAGUAUGUCCUGGAGUACACACUGAGGCCUUAUUGGUAACACUGGAAAUGUUGUGUCGAUCAGUCACAGAGUUUUCAUGAUGGUGCUAAAAAGUAUGGAUCAACUUACUAAACCUGUUCAACUUGUAUUGUCACUUAUUAUGGACUUCAUAGUUUAUUGACAAAUUUUAAUUUAUUUAUUGACAGACUUGGCAGCCUUGCUGAAUUUUAAAAGCACUUUUAAAAGAACUGCAAAACUGUAGUAUCAACCUCUGACUUUUUCCAGUGUGUAAAAUUUGACUCGAGUAAAAAUAGUUUUGUUUAGUAUAUACUAGCUUCAUUGAUCUUUUUUUGUUCUGAAAGUGAUAUUAUUUAUCCAUCGUACAUGUAAAAAAUUAAUUUAAAUAUUUUUUCAAAUCAAAGUGUAAUCCCUUUAUUUUUUGGUGUUCUAGGUCUUAGAAUCAU